AUGGCUGCUAAUUUCCAGAGCGAAGAUGGUGAUAUUAUUGACUGUAUAGACAUCCAUAAACAACCUGCUUUUGAUCAUCCUGCACUCAAAAACCACACCAUUCAGAUGCGUCCCAGUUUUAAUUUACCAGAAGACACUUCAAGACAAGAAAAUAAGUCUAAUUCUAAGCAGGCAGUGGCAAUGGCUUUUCAAACUUGGCAAGCCAGUGGAAGUUGUCCGGAAGGAACAAUUCCCAUUAUUCGUUUCCGAAAAACCCUAAGAGGUUCUUCUGUUGGGAAGAAAAAUAUGCUUAUCACAGGAAAUAGAAAUGGUAGCUCCUUUCAUUUUAACCCAAGUGCAGAAGCACAGAACAAUGUAUCAAUUGGGUUUUUACCCAAUCGUGCAUCUGCAACCCUAGUAACAGUUGGAUAUAACUAUAUUGGAGCUUCAGCAGACAUAAACGUCUGGAAACCAUAUGUGCAAAGGCCAGAUGAGUAUACUACAGCUCAGAUUUGGCUGCAAGCUGGCCCUGGUAAUAAUUUUGAAAGUGUAGAAGCAGGAUGGGUGGUAAAUCCAAAAUUAUAUGGUGACUCAGAUACCCGAUUUUUUGCAUACUGGACAAAAGAUGGGUACAAAACAACUGGAUGCUUUAACGUGUUCUGCUCUGGAUUUGUGCAAAUAAGCCGAAAGAUAGUUAUUGGUGCAAAACUUAGUCCGAUAUCGUCUAAACACGGACCGCAAUAUCAAAUAUCCAUUAACAUCCUUCAAGAUCAAGCCACAAAAAAUUGGUGGUUGACGUUUGGAGGUGAAAGAGUAGGGUAUUGGCCUGGAAGUAUGUUUAAUUAUCUGAGCCAUACUGCUACACUAAUUCAAUGGGGAGGACAAGUUUAUAGUGAAAGUGUGAAGAAAACUCCUCACACAAAGACUGCAAUGGGAAGUGGAUCAUUUGCAUCGGGACUUCGUGGAUCUGCAUGUUUCAUAUCACACCCUCGGAUUAUGGAUUUUUCCAAGUCUUUCAAGUACCCUGAAUGGGUAGGCACUUGGGCUGAUGAAGACUACUGCUACAAUCCUUUGAAUUACAGGGAAGGAAUUGUAGGUGAACCUGUAUUUUACUUCGGAGGCCCUGGCCAAAAUCCUAAUUGUCCCUAG